GUGCAAAGGGAGACUGUUUAUCUUACAGAUGACACUAAUGUUGCACUGUUUCCACGUUCUGAUGGGGACUUCAACUGUUUCGACAUGAUUGCACGUGCCCACUASGAAGUUCAUGGUGAUCCAGUCCCCAUGGCAGAAAAGGUUCAAGGUCAAGAGAACCCUGUGCGCUUUGCUUUCCAUCGACCUCCAAGCGCACYGGCUGCCAGUGCAUCCUGUGCCACACCCCGRGCCAGUGGGACAAAAACCUUUGUAAGGAAUAUUCUAAUUGGUGAAAUUAUCAAUGGGAAAUUGGAAACCAACAAGAUAAUCACAGUACGCUUCACAGAAUUUGAGGCUUGCGUGGCAACAAUACUUGUUAAAGUGCAAGAACCUCUUGGCCACCAGGGGUCCCUGACCUUGACAGAUAUCCAUGGGAACGAGAUCAUAGAUUCAGAAGGAACCCGAGGGUCUGAUUUCUGGAAGCAAAAYUCCAGAAAAGUCUAUGCAGUGCCAGAAGAGCAGGUGGCAGCCUUACAAGGCAGUAAAAAGAGGAGGCUAAGCAGAAGGGAAGAUAUGGGGCUUCAAAAUGUCAUUUCAGACACUGAACAGGUCGUUGAAGCUGCUCAGGAACUGAGAGAAGUGUCCAAACCUCUAAGAGAUUUAAGUGGCAUCGCUCAUUCCACCCUGACAACCACCCUGACACUCUCAGAAGCAGAAGUUGCUUCCCUAAGGGCUGCCUUUGCCUGUGUAGUCUGCAAAGGUCCUUUGGAUAAGCCCAUUUUCUCAACCUGCUGCCGAAGCCUUAUUGGUUGUAAAGGAUGCAUGGAAAAGUGGAACGAAGACUUUGAACAAGAAAUACCAAAAAUACAUGUAAACAUGUUUAAUGUAUUGUUUCAAAACAAAGCAUUUUGUCUCACACAUUUCUCAUUCAKUGAACCUCUCAGUCACAUUUAUCAGAUGAAACAGUGCCUCUUAAAAAAGCCUGUCUUCAUAAUUAACUACUGUAUCAAAAAGAACAGUAAUGUCUGGGUAAGUGUGUCCAAAUAGCUGCUCAGCGUUGCAUCUGUCUUGCUCUGRUGAGAAUGGAUCCUGUCCAAAGGAAGACACCCAGGUUAGGGAAGAACUUAACUCCUGCUCAUACAUGCUUGCAGCCUCUUCAGCACUUGGCACCAGCUCUACAGAAACUCCUGAUGGGCAACCAAUGGCUGCAAGCUGAUUUGGUACCCCUCU